GAGCUGCCCCUGGCGGUUCGGUGCUUGCCCUGGGUUGGUGUGGGAUGAGGGAAGCAGUGGCUUGGGCUGUGAAACUAAGAUGAAGAGGUCGUUCGGGAUACGGCUGGGAGGUGAAGAGACCGAGCUCUGAGCCCUUCAGUCACUGUGGCCCAAAUAGGUGAGUCUAAAAAUGGAAGAAAGUGGCAUCACCAAAACCUGCACAUUCACUGAACUGUCUCCACUGUGGCAGGUCUGUGUGGACUUCGAGGAUGUGGCUGUCUACUUCUCCCAGGAGGAAUGGGGCCACCUCAGUGAGGCCCAGAGAAUCCUGUACUGUGACGUGAUGCUGGAGAACCUGGCGCUUCUGUCCUCACUAGGUUGCUGGCAUGGAGCCAAGGGUGAGGAGGCCGUUCCUGAGCAAGGGAUUUCUGCAGGAGGAUCACAGGUUACCGCUGCAAAGCCAGAGUCACCCACUGAGAAGACCAAGCCUAGGGAGACAUGUGACCCACUUGUGAAGGAUGUUCUGCUCCUAGCUUUGCACAGUAGAACGCAAACUGAGCAAGACAUGUGUCUUCGUGAGGCAAAGCUUUACUGGCCUCCAGAGCAGACUGGAGAAAAUCUUUGCAGGAGGGACAAUUGGAAAGAUUCAUUUUUGAAGAACUGCAGAGCUCGUAUGGCAGAGAGGACCUUCCCAUGCCAGAAGGGAUGGAAGGAAUUGCCAGCUACUUCAGGCCGUUUCCAGCGCCAGCUCCCUCACUGUGGGCGGAAGCCCGACAAGGAGACUGAGGGCAGGGAGGCCCUUCAAGCCGGACUCGACAAUUACAUGUGCAGUAAAUGUGGGAAACCCUUCAGAAGCAAGUACUUGCUUGUGAAGCAUGAGAAAACUCACGCAGGAGAAAGGCCGUAUCAGUGUACCAAAUGUGGGAAGUUCUUUAGGUACACUGCCAACUUCAGGAAACAUCAGAGUAUCCACAGAGGAGAAAGGUCUUACAAGUGUAGAGAUUGUGGAAAAUCAUUCAUGUACAACUAUAGACUCCUGAGACAUAAGAGAGUUCACACUGGAGAAAGGCCUUAUGAAUGUGACGUGUGUGGGAAAUUCUUUAGGUACAGCUCUACCUUCUUUAGACAUCAGAGAGUUCACACUGGAGAAAGGCCUUACAAGUGUAGUGUAUGUGGGAAGUUCUUUAUGGACAGUUCCACCCUCAUUAAACACCAAAGAGUUCACACUGGAGAAAGGCCUUAUAGGUGCAGUGAAUGUGGGAAGUUCUUUAGAUACAACUCCACCCUCAUUAGGCAUCAGAGACUUCACAGUGGAGAAAGACCUUAUGAGUGUAGCAUAUGUGGGGAAUUGUUCAGGUACAACUCCAGCCUUGUUAAACAUUGGAGAACUCACACUGGAGAAAGGCCUUACAAGUGCAGUGAAUGUGGGAAAUGCUUCAGGUACCACUGCAGGCUCAUUAGACAUCAUCGAGUUCACACUGGAGAGAGGCCUUAUGAGUGUAGUCAGUGCGGAAAAUUUUUCCGGUACAACUCCAACCUCAUUAAACAUUGGCGGAAUCACACCGGAGAGAGACCUUAUGAGUGUAGGGAGUGUGGGAAAGCCUUUAACCAUAAACAUAUACUUGUUGAGCACCAGAAGAUCCACACUGGAGAGAGACCUUAUGAAUGCAGUGAAUGCCAGAAGGCCUUCACUAGAAAGUCCCACCUGGUUCAUCACCAGAAAAUCCACAAUGAAGAAAGGCUGGUGUGCUCUGUGAAUGUGAGGAGUGCUUUCGGUACAACUCCAGCUUCAUUAAAUAUAAGAGAUAUCACCGUGGAGAAAAUUUACUGUUGACUUUAAUUGGAUGGUGUUUUCUGAAUUCCCCAUUUUACUGGCGGCUAAGUUAAUCUCUAGAACUUUUUAUCUUGCAGAAGUAAAACUUCACAUUAAGUAAGAAUGCCUCAUUUCCUUCCUCAGCUGGCCCUGGGUACUGCUGCUCUAUCGUUUGUAUCUGUGAGUUGGAUACCUUUUGCUGUUUUAUAGGUGGGAUUAUACACUGUGCCUUUUUUGUGACCAACUUCCUUCACUGAGGCUGAUGUUCCUAAGGUUCAUCCAUGUGUGACAUGUCAGAUCUAUUGCUGGAGUGAAACAAUAUUCUGUGAUACGGGUAAACCAUAUUUCUUUAUAUCUUUAUUGAUUAAUUGGUUCUUGGGUAGUUGUAAGCUUUAUAUUUACUUAAAUGUAUUUUAUCCUUUUUGCGGGGAGGGGCAAAGCCUUUCCGUAUUGCUUCAGUCUCCUGUGUGGCUAAGACAGCACCCUGCAGUUGGGGGUAGCUUCUGAAGAACAGGGUUGGUUGCUUGGCUUCCAGGUUCGAGGACUGGCCUGAGUGAUCUGGGUUGGCUAGUCUGAGGCGUGCGCCUCAGGGCCUGGCAUUCACUUGUUUUUAUAUAAGGUGU